CCUCCAAUUCUUUCUUCCAUCCAUUGAUCACCAAAACUCAUCCACAAAUUGGACAAGCUUUGCGUCAGGUGUUGAUAGAGGCUUCAUUGCAGCUUUGAGCACAGCGAUUGUCCACCAUGGUCCCAAAACCGCAAGGCUCCUCCUCUACGGUCAAAUCCGUCACCAACCGCCCUCUUCCUCCUCUACCGAAGCUUCGUGUUAGGCGGCCGAACAAACCUGAGAUGAACCCAUGCUUGGGUGCCAUGUCUUCAAUGUUGGGUUGCUGGGCAUCGUCAGGAUACAGUGUUCAAGGCUGCGCACAACUGGAGCAAAAGCUCCGGGCUUGCAUGGAUGCACCGAGAAAUACGAACCAAAAGAAGAACAACAUCAACUAUCACCUUUCCCGCAUGUACCCCAACAUGAUCGGACCACACAAGAGGAAUUAAAUCGAGCUAUCGGAGCUCCGAAAAAUUUCUUCAUUGUACAUCACUUUUAUGACGGUCAAUCAUGACUUUGGAUUUUGUGCGCAUUUCAGCAUGGGUGGAGUUUUUGUCUUGAUUAUACAAGGCUGGCGUUGGGGUUAUUGAUACCAAUGUGAGACUACAUGUACACAUACGAAGAAUUAGGAUGGGUUGAACCUACAAGUUUGCGGAUCAGGGUAUCAAUGUCCCUACUAUCAACUCGAUUUCGACGUUGACCAUGACAUACACGUGCGCACGGAAUUGGUAAUUCCUCUACCGGACCACCAAGAUUAUUAUGCAAAUCCAAGAUCUGAUGAACAAAAAAUAAGAAGCAAUUCCAAUCACACAACAUAUGGAUCGAAU